GUGUGCCGCAGAGCUUUUGCGUAUAUCACUCGUCCUCUCCAGUGGUACGGGUUCCUCAGGAGAAACAACCCGUGACCUUCGUUCGCUCAAUGCCCGGCGUGCAGUUUGAUAGAGAGCUGCGAUACACAAGGGGCGAAAGGAGAUUUCGAAAAUCUGUCGAGUGGAAAACAUGGAACAACGCGGCCAUCUUCCCCAGCAGCAACGAGAGCAACAUCGGCAGACCUGCCGUGGCACAUGUGCAGCAGGCAUGCGUCUUCUCGCAUCGGCCGUCUUCGCUGCAAUGGCUCUCUCCCACGUCGCGGGCUCAGAGGCUCUGCCUUCCAACCCUCCCGCGCUCCCACGCGGGGCUUCCUGUGGGUUGAACGCGUUCGUCCCGCCCGUGUGCAAGAAGCUCGGCGCGACUGGCCCCAGGGGUGACCGAGCGCUAGCCUUUCGGGCCUUUUCGUCUCUCCGGGGGGGGGGGUUCAGCUGGGGUUCGCCUGAGCAGCAGCAGCAGCGGCCGCAGCGUCAGCAGCAACGGCAGCCCUCCGUUAGGCGGGGAGCCUCCGGCUUGUUCGGUGCAUCUUGGGGCGGCGGAUCGCCGGACAACAACAACAACGGUGGCAACAACGGCGACAAAAACGGCGACAAGCGGCCUAGAGUCGAGACCCGCGGGCCGCCCGACCUGAACACGCGGCUUCCCCCCACCGCCCCCGGCAGCGACGAUGGUAACGGCGGCGGCGGCGGCUUCUUCAGCGCGAUUGGCGGCGGCGGCGGGGGUGGAUCGUCGAGAGAAAGGGUUAAGACCGUGGGGCCUCCAGAUGCAGGCAAGCGGCGCGCUCCCGUUUGCGCGAGAUUCUCAACACUGUAUUGUGGGGGGGGCGGGAGGAGAGGGGGAAGGAGGGGAUUAUUUUCUGCCGGAUCGGCAGCACCCACGGCGCCCCCCAUGGAGCAGCAACAGGAGCAAGCGGGAGGCCGGUUUGGGGGGGGGCGGCCCCAGCUUGGUUGGGGUGGAAGGGCCGGGGUGGGCGGAGACGACGGAGAGGGAGAGGGACCGGUUCGAGGAUGGGGAGAAGGUAGCCGAUCGGCCUUGUCGGGCAGGAAGAGGGGUCUGAUGGCCGUCCACUUCCUGGUCCUCUCGUGCUUCGGCCUCUUCUCCCUCAACACUCUGUUCGGCGUCGACCGCCUCUUCGGGCUAAGCCUUAACCACCAGCGGCCCCGAUGGUGGCAGUCCAUCACCUCCCUUCUCCUUCACGGCGACCAGCACCACCUGAUGGGGAACAUGUUCAACCUCAUCAUCUUCGGGAAGAUGGCGGAGGAGGACAUGGGCUCUAUCGGCAUGCUCAUGUCGUUCGUGGCGUGCGGCGUCGCUUCCAGCUUCGUGAGCCUGAUGAUCAUGCCCCAGACCGCCAGAAGCUGCGGGGCAAGCGGGGCGAUCUUCGGCCUCUACAGCGUUUGCGUGUUGGGCAAGAUGUUCAACCUCGGGCGGCGUGGCUCCUCUGACGGCCGCCUUCGGAAGCUCAUCGAGGCGGCGGUGUUUGGCUGGUUCGUCGUCGACAGCGUGAUUUCGGAGAUGCGCAUGGUGGUAGCCGGAGGAGUGAAGGGGAUCGACCACGCGGCACACUUCGGGGGCGUUUUUGCAGGCGCGGUUCUGAUCCUCAUGUUCCGGAGGUCGUUCCGAGAACAGAGCAUCCGAGAGCAGAGGUUGCGAGGGAGGAACGCUUGACGCCCUUCGUUCAUGGGCUAGCCGCCAGCUCGUUCCGUCCGAUGUUCACCGACUCGUGCAGAGCGAGAACAGAGCAGCAACGAUUUCUGGCCCCAACGGGCUGUUGUUUCUGACAUGCUACAGACACCAGCGACGAGCGACGGGCGACUCGUAUUUCGUUGGGCUUUUGCUGGCGGCGACUCGAGCGAUUAUUUUCGAUCGGUCCGUUGCGGCGACAUUUAGUGCUUGUUUGGGGGACUGCGCCAAACGGAGAAGUUUCAUUUUUUUUUCCGAGGGACACCUUCGGCCGCAAUGUGGCUUGUCGGCAUGUUGUAUUUGCAGUGCUGCUCGUAAGUGUCCUUUUAGGAACAAGCUGUUCUCGUAGAGAAUCACCAAUCGCGUGCACCGAACGUUCGUUCUGACCGCAUGGUUUCGUGUGAUCGGUCAGGGUGCCGUGGGCUGACGCGCGGCGUCUGGGUAAGAAUGCGAUCCGUCGAUCGAUAGACGCUGCGUUUUGGUCUUGGUGGACCUCUAACUGGUCAGUUUGUCACGCCGAGACAGCCAAGUCGUCGCCAUCGUUUCGUUCAGGUGUUAGGUUUGUUUGCAUGUGCUUCCAGAACUCCUUCAAUCUGAGCCGGUGUCGAUUGAUUUAUCUGCGGUAUAUGUUUGUCCGCAGUGAUGUUGGUAUUCCCACCAUCUGCCUCGUGAAUGGGUUUCGUGUGUUGUGGUCAAACGACAAUGGCAAGCAACAAGUGAGUACCUCGCACUACACCUCGCACUACACGUUGAUUUGAACAAGUAUCAUGGCUUUCUUUUCUCAAGCUUUCUAGCGGGAGAUAAUAACGUGCCUGCCGCGAGGGAUGCUCUUGUUCUCUUUAUCGUGCAGCAGCAGUGGAAGCGCUAGGUAGUACUGGACGCCCAACGUAAUGCGCGCUUGAGACCGAGCCUCUUAAGCCCGAAACUCUAGCAGUGGAAGUGUUCGGGUAGAAGGAAAACAUGCAUGAUAUAUUUUCUUUUUCGAGGUGUCGCCAAGUUUCUUUAAGCGCGAAUUUGAAAUGUUGUAUGACGCUUCGCGCACAAUUCGGCGCAUAAUCUAGCGACGGCAUCAGCAGGUAUUGUCCCGCGCGCUUGUAGCACCAACCGGUGUCCGGUGCGUUCUGUUGUAGAUGUCCUUCUACCAAAAGACACAGUAGGGUUUCCUUUGGUUAUAUGUUAGUGUUGCAGAAUAAAAUAUUGCGACCUACGCGUGCUGUAGAAUCGGUUGGCGGGGUAUAUUUGUCUGCUGACGGUCUCUUUCUGUCAUUUUCCUCCUUCGCGCCUCAUGUAUAUGUAGGGGUUAGGAACACCAGGCUAGCUGGGGUAUCCAAGCGCGCCCCGUAGAUGGUUACCAAGUUGUAGAAGAGCGGGACAGGCUUGAGCUCCUCUGAUGGCGGAUGUGGAGAGGGCGGUUCGGGGUAAGUACAAGCCGUGGCAACGCGGGGGUGAAAGUCGUCAAACAAACAUGUUUGUGCGUUCUGUUGGGGCCGUUCUUCUGGAGCGGCGGGAAUUUCCUAAUGUGCAGGGCAUCGGAAGGACCGUUUGUUUUCGAAAGGAAAUGUUGUGUGUUGAAGCCAAAUGGACUCGUCUCGGUCUUGUCCGUUUUUUCUGUGCCCUGUCGUGGGUUUUCCUGGCUUCCUCGCAAGAAUUACCUGCUGCCCUUUAGAGACGAGAGGCGCCUCAAAGAGACAAGAUACAUGGCCGUUCAACUUGAAGGCAGUAGCAACAGAAUGGCGGCAUGUGCGCGGACGUCAAUCACCAUGCAGUCAUGGCAAGGUUGGCGAACUUCGGUGUGAUGAGGCACUCACUCCUGUGGCCACCACAGCCAGUGUGAGAACACGGUGCCUAUAGAGCGGGUCGACCAGCUCCCGUAGCUGCAUCCAAACGAGGAUACGACAGCGUUCUUGUUGUAGUCAGAACCAGGAAUAAGGAACAGCUUUAAAACAGGAUGCAUUGAGGGAGUUCUCUA